UUGGAGGAGAAGCUUAUCUGCAUUCUAAAGGAGUUUAUAUAUAGUCGACAUCUUUUAUUCAACCAUCUCUUAAACCAUCUUGUCAACUCGUCUAACACUGUAAUUUUAAGGUGGGUGUCAGGUUGGACUCGUUGAAUUGAAUACUAAAAGAUAGUUGAUGGAGAUCCCACCUGUGAUGUGAGAUACAGUACAUGAAAUAACACAGUCUAUAGUUAUUAACAGUUCAUCAUAAAAAGAAUUAUAGAAGUGAUCUGGAAAUCGUUAAUGUGCUUUGGAAAUUAUUUGAUUUUAUUUCAUUAAGUGGAUUUAACCUGAGCAGUGACAGUAAACGUGUAUAAAUUUCCUAUGUAGACACAUGUACGUAUAGUGAAUGUUUGUUUAAGAGAAACUGUACCCGUUAUUGAGUUUAAGUGAUUGUGCGCGUUUGUUGGUUGACGACUAGAGUUGACACAGCCUACUGUCUAGUUAUACAUACCUACCAUUUAUAGUUUUGCCUGGUUGCUGACUAGAACUUAUAUAUCACCUGUAGAUAUAUAUAUUACUUACCUAUUGUCUAUAUAUUCUUAUAUAACCAACACCAUUAUUCAUGUAUCAGGGAGCACUUUUAGGACAAGCACUCAUCAAUUACAGCACACUGAACUACCCAACCCGCAACAUGCCAGCUGCCAGCCCUAAUACCACCAGCAGCCAGUCGAGUAGUCAGAGUCUGUCCGGAGAAAAUCUCAGUAAAACUAAUCUUUAUAUCCGUGGCCUUAAUCCUAAUACGUCCGAUAAAGACUUAGUUAAUCUCUGCCAACAAUUUGGUAAAAUAACUUCUACCAAAGCCAUUAUUGAUCAGAAUACCGGCAAGUGUAAAGGAUAUGGAUUCGUUGACUUUGAAUCGCCCCAGGCAGCUGAUUUAGCUGUUCAAGCUUUACAGUCACAGGGCAUCCAGGCUCAGAUGGCUAAGAUGCCCCUGUCUUUACAGCAACAAGAGCAAGAUCCAACUAACCUGUACAUCGCCAAUCUUCCUGUAUAUUUCUCUGAACAGAACCUAGAAGCUCUCUUUAAAGACUAUGGUACUGUCAUUUCCACAAGAAUUCUGAGAGGACAAAGUGGAGAAAGCAAAUGUGUUGGAUUUUGCCGAAUGGAAUCACGAGAAAAAUGCCAACAGAUUAUUGACAACUUCAACAAAAAAGUAUUACCAGGUUGCAAGGAACCUCUAGUGGUAAAAUUUGCUGACAGUGGAAAUAAGAAAAAGGCAACAACUUACCAACAAAAUAGACUCUUCCCUGCCUCUAGAGAUGAUGAUUUGUAUCAAGCUCUCCAGUUUUAUGAACAGCCAGCUCUAGCAGCCAAUCUUAACGGUGUUGCUGGCCAUCCUUUGUUAUCAGCUGGCAUGGUACCUCGAUAUACCUCUGUGGCCACCACCCCAGCAUCAACUUAUCAGAUGUCCUCCAAUCAGACUGGAUGGGUUCAUCCACAGUACAUCAUGCAACCUCAGUUGCCACAUAUUAUCCCAUCACCAGCCCCCCCAAGUAAUGCGGGUAUCGACCCCAGCACCAUGAUGCCCCACCUCACCUCUCAGAUGGGACAACUUCAACUGGCAACAAAUUCGUAUCACAUGACUUCACCAUAUGCCCAAAUGCAAUAUCAACAUGGUGGAACGGGAGCAGUUCUCCAAACAGUACAGUUGGAUGAUCAUAGUUCGAACGAUGACGUUUCACAUCAUUUUCAAACUUAUAGUGGCAAGUAAUACAAGAUGAACGUAUUGGUAAUGGUGUGAUUUUAUGUCUUAACCAGGAAUGUAACAGGGAAAUAAAGUGGUACCAAUCAUCUGAACUGUUUGUGGAUUGGUUGAUUGUUUUCGUAUCUGAUUGGAACAAGAAUCGUAAAUGUGGCUACUUGAUGCGCUUAAUAGACGUCUUGUACAUUAGUAGAUUAUUAUUCAAAUUUUUCCAGUUCUAUUGUUCACAGAAUAAUGUACAAGAAAUGUUCUUUGGAGAUGAAACGUUCAUCAUCUCAUUAUCGUAGUAAUAAAACAAAAAGUGACGACAUUUCAGGCAGGUGUUUGAUCGCCUUUCUGAUGUUUUCAUUUAAUGAGAUCCGUCUUAUUUUCUUCUCUACAGUCACAUGCGCAACAAAAAUCAAUAACUUUGUUGUUAGAAUACACUGGAACAUUUGUGUUCUCAAUAAAAAUUCAGACUUUGAUUUCGAUUUUUUUUAACAUUGUAAAUGCCACGUAAAGAUUCGGAUUUAAAGUAGGUUUUUUUUUAUACGAAAAAUCUUUUGAGUACGAAAUGACCCAGUAAUUGACUACGUCAUUACGCUCUGGCCUAAAAACCAUUUAGUAUUAACUAGUUAAUAAACUGCAUUUUAUUCAUAAAUGAUAUAACAUGUAAAAUAAAUUUGUAAAUAUUUUCCUUUUACCAUGUAGAUAAUAACGUUUUGAUUGUUUAAAUUGUUGUGUUGAUACAAUUUGUUGUUUCUAUGGUUACAUGUUCGGUAGUCAUGGCUACAGAAUUUUAUGCUGGUGAUGUUUUUUGUCGUAUGAAAUUGAUGUUAUUGAGAAAUUUUACCAACCAUUUUUUAUUAUUAUUGAAAUAGUUGACAGGAUUUGUUUUAGUUGUAGAUUUUUGUUUUAUUUCUAUCGUUUUAACGUUUUUCCUUCUUUUUUUAUGCUCAAGUUUUAAAACUCGAAAACCUUUGAGAAUUAACUUGGAUUGUGUAAAACACAGGACCUCAUACAAAUAACCAUUCGGUAUCUGUGAUUCUAACAACAUACAUUUAUGUUUUAAUGUAAUAUAUUUAUGGUAGAUACAAAUUAAAGUGACUAAGAUACUUAUUUGGGAAUGGGACAUGUUAUGUAGAUCUUUAUCGGAGUACUAACAAUAAAUGAUGGAUAAGUUGUUAGAUUUUUUCCCAAAAAUAUCAGGGGCGAGAAGUACAAUAUCUGAACUGUGAAUCUUCGAUUUUAAAAAAAAAAUGUGUUUACCCGGUUAACUUAUUUAAUGUUUAACAAGUUUUACAAGAUUUGGGAAUUUAUCAUCUUCAUAAAGUGUCUUAGUCACUUUAAAUCUCAUUGCUAGUAUAUAAGAACUUUCGUAUUAAAAACCAAAUAUAUAUAGGGGACUAUUUAAACAAGAAAAAACUGUAUUCAUUAUGUUACUCAGAUUAUAUUUUCUUUAGACAUAUUUCAUUUUAUUAGCCAAAUAUUUUCUGAAUAUUUUCAUAAUGGUGUACAUAAGGGAGCGCCUUUUACUCCCUCUUUGUUAGAGCAGUCAAGCAAUGAUAUUGGCAUAGUGUGGGUGUGUGCGUGUUGAUUCAUGCAUUUCUGCAUAAUGUUUGUGCAUGUUGCUAAUGUUGAUUAUAUAUUGUUAAUUGUAUGUUUUAUCGGAGACAUUUUUUGAACUCCAUCUUGCAAAUGUUUUUAAAUAUUUGAAGUAAAAGUGGCCUCAAUCAUAAUAUUUAUUAUCACCAUCUCUAAAUCUAAGAAACGACAAAUGUCAUGUGUAUACUUUUUUUUAUUCUGUUUUCAAGGUUUCAAAAAUUCAAUAAAUUCAAUAUUGGACUGAUUUUUAUAAUUAAAAAGAGAAUUCUGUCCCCUUUUAUAAACAAAAUUAUUAGAAAAUUUGAAUAGGAAUUGUCGUAGGUUUGGAAUGAAUACAUAUGUUUUCACAUGACUCUGUAUUCUGCGAAUGGUUCGCAAAUAUGGGUUCUAAAUCCCAUCUAAGCCCCACUCACCCCUAAAUAGUUUUAUUUGCUGUUUUAAGAUCCAUUUUAGGUUUAAGGUACGUUAGGUUUAAAGUUACGUACAUACUUAUUGAACAGCGGAGCAGGUGGAGCUUUUCAAGAAUAAAAUAAAAUUUAUUGAGAGACAGGCCAGGCAUUAUCGUUUGCUAGAUUGUAUGACAAUUCUUGGAACUAUCUUCAGUGUAAUUCUGCUGUAAAAUUGGGCUUUAUUUGUCGAAAGAUGUUGUAUAUUAGAUUUUAGAUUCGUGUCAAAAUGCCAAAUGUCUUGCUCAUCAUUCAUUUGUAUAGUGUUAGUUUUUGAGAAUGAAGAUUUUUAUUGUGAUACACGUAACUUUUACUGUUUUUAACAAAGAAAGUCUGUCUAUGCAUUUUUACACAUUUUACAUUUUUAAAUCAAUAUACUGCAAUGUAUCCAUCUAGUAGUCAAAUAUUAUUACCAGAUCAACCAAAACUAAUUAGCAUACUUGAUGAAUUAAAGCCGUUGUUAUUUAUUUAGAGAGACCAUUAUUCUUACCCAGCUAACAAAACGACGUUGGGACAAAGUUACGUUAGUAUCCGUUCUGCGAAAUCUUAUUUUAUAAAAUUGUUUGGCGUAACAUUUUCCUGUGACAUUAUGUGAAUGAAAUGUGCAAGUGGUGCAAGUAUUAUAAAAUGAAAUUUGUGGCACGACGUUGUUGGAGCGUAGAUUAUUAAAAUAAAUGAAAAUGUUAUAAGAGUUUUAUAGUGAGUGUCCAAUAAAGUAACACAGUAAUACAGAUUCAAGCGGGUUUUUCUAAGUGGGCACAAGUAAUAUUAAUAUAAUUUGAUGAUAUGUUUUGACUGGAUUUUGAACAUUAUUACCCAGUUAACAUUACAACGUUAUUUUAAUGUUGUUUAGUAGAUGCGACUAAUGACGUUAUUACCGAAUUAUAAGUGAGUAGACGAGUAGAUGGCUGUUAAAUUGGUUGCCUCAGUAAUUUGUUAUUUGUUUCUAUUAAUAUGUUUUGAAACCUAUUUUAGGGUACUCCCAGUGAUACAAACAAACAUCUUUUCGCGGCCUUUAAUUUUUAUUGAAAUGAUAUUAAUUGUUACAGUCUCAAGAUAUACUAAUAUUAUUGUCCUUGUAAUAAAUACAAUACCUCACCUUUUCCGUCUAGAAUAAUACAUAGCCUAAUCUUAAUAAGACGUUUCACUUGAGUAAAAUGAGUAGGAAUAUUGUAAGAAUAGGAUAAUAAUGCAUGUCCCAAUAACUUCAUUUAUGCAGUAAAAACAUCACAGAAUUGGCGAUUUAAUUGUAACUUUUUUUUACAUUGUAGAGAAACUUCAUUUAAAAUCAAAUUCAUCAUAGAAUUGGUGUGAAUGUUCAUAAUGAUCAACUUUUUGUCUUUUUUUCUGUCCAAAGCCUCACGAAUGAAUAAAAUCAUUUCGAUGAA